AUGAAGCGCGCGAAGGCGAUCUCGCUCGCGGUCCUGAUGGUGCAGAACAGCGCGCUCACGCUCGCGAUGCGCUACAGCCGGACGCGCAAGACGGCGCACCGCUACCACCCGUCCGAGGCCGUCGUCAUGUCCGAGGUCGUCAAGCUGAUCAUCUCGCUGGCGCUCGCGGCCAAGGCCCAGGAGCCGCGGCCCGCCAUGGCGGGCCGCGGCCUCCUCGCGCGCCCGGGCUCGUACGUGCUCCUCGUGCCCGCGGCGCUCUACGCCGUGCAGAACAACCUGCAGUACGUCGCGGCGUCGAACCUGGAGCCCGCGGUCUUCCAGGUGCUCUACCAGAUGAAGGUGCUGACGACGGCGUUCUUCAGCGUCGUCCUCCUCAAGCGCGAGCUCAAGCCCGCGCAGUGGUCGGCCAUCGCGCUCCUCGCGGCCGGCCUCGCGACGGUGGGCUCGGCGACGACGGGGCCGUCGGCGCCCAAGCCCGGCGUCAACUUCGCCGUCGGCUUCGCCGCGGUCUUCGCGGCGUGCUGCUCGAGUGGCUUCAGCUCCGUCUACUUCGAGCGCGUCCCCAUCUCCGUCUGGGCGCGGAACGCGCAGAUGGCGACGUUCUCCUCGACGAUCGCGUUUACCGGCGCGCUGCUCAAGGACGGCGACGCGAUCCGCGCCCGCGGCGCCCUCGCGGGCUUCUCGCCCAUCGUCUGGUGCACCGUCGUCCUCCAGGCCGGCGGCGGCCUCUGCACGGCCGCCGUCAUCGCCUACGCGGACAACCUCCUCAAGGGCUUCGCGACGGGCGGCUCCAUGGUCAUCUCCGUCCUCGCGAGCCACCUCUUCCUCGACUUCCACGUCUCGCCGACCUUCGUCGCCGGCGCCGCCGCCGUCCUCGGGUCCAUCCACCUCUACAGUAAGGCCUAG